AUGGCGCUUGCUCUCAAGCGAAAAGCUCAGGAUCAGAAUGACCCCCCAGUUAGAAAAAUACACAAACCUCUUUCAAAAUCAAGUACUUCCACAGCGCCAAAACCUCUCACCAAACCUCGUCCACCUACUCUUACAACGAGCACACGUGCCACUCAGAUAUCUGACUUGACUAAACAGUUGGGUGAGGCAAAGUCACAGGCUCGAGAGCACCUCCAUGCUCUCAACCUCGCCAAUGAUGAAAUCGCCACGCUCAAACGGACGCACUCGAUGCAGGUGUCCGAACUCGAAUAUGACAUACGGAAGGGACAACUUCAAGUGGAGGAGCUGGACCAGGAUUUGCAGCUAGCAAGGGCAGAAACGCAAAAGCUGCGGGAGAACGUGAACCAGCUCACGCUAACGGGGCAGGAUAUGCAGGAACAGUUGAGCAAUAACGCAGAACUCAUUGCAGCUCUCAGGGAAGAGAUGGAGGCUCUGAAAUCCGAGGCUAUCGAUGCCGAGUCGGUACGCCGGCAGCUGCACAACACUAUCCAGGAGUUGAAAGGAAACAUUCGUGUCUUUUGCCGAGUGCGUCCAGAUCCAUCACCUGAGCUGGCGAAUGUCAGCUACAGCAAGGAGAAACGGGAUAUCGUUGUCACAUCGACUAGCGAGAGCGCCACUGGCCAACAGCGCAAGGACGCACACAGCUUCACUUUUGACAGGGUGUUCGAGCCUCACGCAACUCAGGCCGAGGUUUUUGAAGAGGUUUCCCAGCUGGCGCAGAGCUGCACAGACGGAUACAAUGUUUGUAUAUUCGCUUACGGUCAGACAGGUUCUGGCAAAUCCUUCACGAUGGAGGGCGGUCAGACCGAAGAAACAGCUGGUAUGAUUCCAAGAGCUGUUGAGCAAGUGUUCCGCGUCACCAAUGAUCUUAAAUCGCGUGGUUGGGAAUAUACCCUGGAAGGACAAUUUCUUGAAAUUUACAACGAAACCAUCAAUGACCUCCUAGCGCCACCGUCAUCUGUCAAUGCCAUCUCCUCUUCCUCGGCUUCGUCUCCCCAAUACAGCAUCAAACAUGAUCCUCAAACCCGUACAACCACUGUGACGAAUUUGACCAGUGUGCAACUUAUCUCUCCUACUCACGUCCGUAAGCUACUCCUCCAAGCACAGUCCCGGAGGAGCGUCGCAAGCACACUCAUGAACGAGCAUUCUUCCCGCUCACAUUCCGUGUUCCGCGUAAAGAUUGAAGGUGUCAAUGAAACGAGUGGAGAGCGAUGUGCAGGGUGGCUGAAUCUGGUCGACUUAGCCGGUAGUGAGCGGCUAAAUGUGAGUUUUGCAGCAGAACGGUUGAAGGAGACACAAAAUAUCAACAAGAGUCUAAGUUCUCUAGGCGAUGUUAUUUCUGCUCUAGGAGAGAAGAGUGCAAAUGGGGAGAAACAUGUGCCAUACAGAAAUUCAAAGUUGACGUACCUUUUGCAAUAUUCUUUGAGUGGAAGCUCCAAGACAUUGAUGAUUCUCAAUCUUUCGCCUUUGGCAGCUCAUCUGAAUGAGUCGCUGAAUUCGCUACGAUUCGCGACCAAGGUUAACAACACGACUAUUGGUACUGCGAAAAGCUCGAAACAGGGCCGGUGA